CUUCCUUCCGGCUACCCAUUGGGCUCACUGUGGUCCCGGAAGUGGGGGCGCUUCCGUUCCUGUUUUACUGUCUCCUGGGUGAACUGGGCUGGGGCAAGCGGUUCAUUCGAUCUGUCGUUAAGAGCAGUCAAGUCUGAGGAAAUGGUGUGCAUUCCUUGUAUCGUCAUUCCUGUCCUCCUUUGGGUCUACAAAAAAUUCCUGGAGCCAUAUGUAUAUCAUCUAAUCUCACCCUUUGUUAGUCGUCUAUGGCCUAAAAAAAGUCUGAAAGAAAGUCCUGCUGAGAAACUAAGCAAAGGAGACUAUAAGAUUGCAGACACAAAUGGAAUCUCUACACCAGAACCAACAGAAAGCUGCAACAAAAAGAUAGAUUAAAGCAAAUUGUCCAAAGGAUAUCUUUGCUUUAAAAUGGAACUGAUGAUAUGCAGCAACAACUCUGAUAUUGUCUUUCACACUUUUCUCUGAGACCAGAUGUGGGGUAGAUAUUUUAGAGAUCUCCCUAAUAUACAUAGUAUUUCUAUUUAAAUGUUUAAAUUAUAUUUAAUUACCUCAUUCCUGUUCUUUUUCCUUACUGAAAUAGUUUUCAUCUCUAUUAUUGCAAAUAACCUAAAGUUUCUACUUUAGGCUAACUUGUUUUAACAAUAUAAAUAAAUAGAAAUUCACUUUAAUAAUACUUUGCCUCUCAGUAUUUAUAAAUCCUCAAAUCACUUGCAUUCAUGUGAAUUUAACCACAACCCUAUCCUACUACUUAGGAUUCUUAUGAAACAUAGUUGAAAGUAAUUUCAGAUGAUAAAAGUUUUGAUUAUGAAACUGCAUCUGAGGUGUAUGCUAGUUUUUUCUGUGAAAUACAAUGAUGUGGAAAAAUUUGCUAUUGAAGAAUA